AUGGCUCAUCUGACCCAGCGCAGAGAUACCACCGACACCAUGACGGAGGUGGAGGUUUGGGACAGCAGGACUGCACAGGAGGUGAACAAGUCCUUAUAUCCUCCUGCGGUGGCCAGCCCCUUCACUCACCACACACACCUGAGUGCCUGGCGCUGGGCCUGCACCAUCCUCUUGGGGACUGUGCUGGUACCAGUAAGGGUAUCCUGCAUUGUCUUCCUCCUCAUCCUUCUCUGGCCAGUGACCGUACUCUCCGCCAUUAACUUGCCUACUCAACCUACCAAACCCAUGAGAAGUUGGAGGAAACAUCUGAUGAAGCCGGCCCUCAUAUUCUUGUUUCGUUUGGCGUUCUUCUUUGCUGGGUUCCUGGUAAAGGUCAAAGGGAAAAAGGCCACCAGAGAGGAGGCCCCCAUCUUCGUCACCGCACCACACUCCACGUUCUUUGACGCAAUUGCUGUCGUUGUGGCAGGUCUCCCUUCGGUGGUCUCUGAUAGUCAGCAUGUGAGGAUCCCAUUGGCUGGGAAAUGCAUCCUGUUAACCCAGCCUGUGCUUGUGCAACGAGAAGACCCGAAUUCUAGAAAGACUACCCGGAAUGAAAUCCUCUCGAGAGUAAAAUCUAAAAUGAAGUGGCCGCAGAUUCUGAUUUUUCCGGAAGGACUGUGCACCAACCGCUCCUGUCUUGUCACUUUUAAACUAGGAGCCUUCUCCCCAGGUGUUCCUGUGCAACCAGUGCUGCUUAGGUACCCCAACACCCUGGACACCGUGACCUGGACUUGGCAUGGGUUCUCAGGCUUGCAGGUGUGUAUGCUUACUCUGAGUCAACCCUUCACUAGAGUGGAAGUUGAGUUCAUGCCUGUUUAUAUCCCAAAUGAAGAAGAAAAGAAAGACCCCAUCCUUUUUGCCAACACAGUCAGAAUCCACAUGGCAAAUGCUUUGAAGCUGCCUGUAACAGAUCACAGUUUCGAAGACUGCAAGCUGAUGAUUUCUGCUGGUGCACUUCAACUACCCAUGGAAGCUGGCUUGGUGGAAUUUACAAAAAUCAGUCAGAAACUGAAAUUAGAUUGGGACAAUAUUCACAAGCACCUGGACAAAUAUGCUUCAGUUGCAGUCUCCUCAAAAGGAGGCAAGAUCGGAAUUGAAGAGUUCUCACGUUAUCUCAAACUCCCGAUUUCAGAGCCCUUGAGACAGCUUUUUUCUCUCUUUGACAGGAAUCAGGAUGGCACGAUAGACUUCCGAGAGUAUGUGAUAGGUCUAACUGUCCUGUGCAACCCCUCCAACACGGAGAAGAUUCUGCAAAUGUCAUUUAAGCUUUUUGACCUUGACGAGGACGGUUACAUAACGGAACAGGAGCUGACAACCAUGCUACGGGCAGCUUUCGGAGUGCCGGACCUAGAUGUUUCCAGACUCUUCCAGCAGAUGGCUGGCAAGGAUUCAGAUCAGGUUUCAUACAGGACUUUUAGGAGGUUUGCCCUGAAACAUCCAGCAUAUGCCAAAUUAUUUCAUUCGUACAUAGACCUCCAGGCAGCCUAUAUAUACUCUUUACCAGGAGAAGCAUAA